GCUGUUUCUUCAGCACAGUUCGGUGUUGUCGGUGGUUUUGUAACACCGUUUCCUAUUGUGUCUUCCCAAGAAAGAAGCAAAAAAAUAAACAAAAACAAAUAAUAUUAAUAACAAUAAGCUCACCACAGCCAGCCAGCCAAAGCAGUAUGAGUUACCAACUUUACCGUAAUACGACCAUUGGAAACACCUUGCAGGAAAGUCUCGAUGAAUUUAUUCAGUGUGGACAGAUAACACCACAACUAGCUCUCAAAGUGUUGCUCCAGUUUGACAGAGCCAUCAAUGCUGCUUUAGCAAGCCGCGUACGGAACAGAGUCUCAUUUAAGGGUCAUUUAAAUACAUAUCGCUUUUGUGACAAUGUGUGGACAUUCGUCUUGGAGGAUGUCGAGUUUCGGGACGUACAAGAGAUUGCCAAAGUCGAUAAAGUGAAAAUAGUAGCAUGCGAUGGAAAGGGGGAGCCACAGAAGUAACAGUUGUACUGACAUGUUGGUCAGCAGUGUGAAAAUUUCGGCUGGAACUCACAGAGCUUACUUACUGGAAAACCUAUAAGUCAUGCUAACAGAAAUAUUAACAGAAAAAAAAAUGAAAAAAAAAAAAAAAAAAUCUUUUAUUUAAAAAAAAAUUAAGAUAAAAAAUUGACUGUUAGAUGAUAUACGGGUGGUAUGUGUAUGUGUGUUAUUUCAAAUGUUUAAUGUCUUUUUUUUUCUUAAAAUCAUUUUAAAAUUGUUUUUGCUUGUGCGAUGUGUGUGAGUGUAAUUUAUUUCUGUAUGUCCCCCCAUCCAUCUACCCAUCUAACCAACCCAACCACUUGUUCAUUUAUGCAUGCAUUCACUCACCCAUCCAUCCAGUCAUCUCUAUUCAUUCAUCCCCAUACUUUAUCUAGCUAUCUACCUGUCUGUUCUAUCUAUCUAUCUACCUGUCUGUCUGUCCUAUCUAUCUGCCUGUCUGUCUGUUUAUCUACCUGUCUGUCUAUCUGCCUGUUUGUCUAUCAGUCCUAUCUGCCUGUCUGUCUAUCAGUCCUGUCUGUUUAUCAGUCUAUCUAUCUUUAUUUGUCAGUCUAUCCCUGCUCCCAUCUUUCUAUUUAGCAUUCCAUCCACAUACCUAUGAAGGCACGUGGCUUGGUGGUCAGAGUAUUCGUCUCACAAUCAUAAGUUCAAUCCCUAGCUGUGCAUUGUGUCCUUCAGCAACAUGGAGGGGAUCAAGAGGUCUAUUUUUUAAUAAAUAUACCUUCCCCUUGAGCUGGUAGGUAUAGGUUAAAGCAGAAAUGAAAAGGCAGACAGUUUGGCAAGACAUAACAAGGACUUUAUAUAUAUAUAUAUAUGGUACCUUGGGUAAAUGUCUUUCGCUAUAGCGUCAGGCCAGCCAAAAUCUUGUGAGUGGAUUUGGUAGGUAGAAACUAAAGAGCCCAUCAUAUAUGUAUAUACACAUAUGUAAAAACACACACACAUGUAUGUAUAUGUGUGUGUGUGUGUACAUAUAUAAAUAUAUAUGGUACCUUGAACAGGUGUCUCUUAAUCCCUGUGAAUGGAUUUGGAAGGUGGAAACUGAAAGAAGCUCAUCACACAUAUAUAUAGAUGUUUGUGUUUGUUCUCUACCACUACUUGACAACUGGUGUUGGUUUGUCUCCAUCCUUGUAACUUAGUGGUUUGGCAAAAGAGACCAACAGAAUAAGUACCAGGCUCAGUGCACUUGACUUGUCUCUUCACCAACAAUUUCAGGCCUUGUGCCAAAAUAGGAAACCACAAAGGCAGCAAGCUGUUGGAAUUUGUCGUCACGCUGAAUUAAGCGCUUAGUGGCGUUUCUCCUGGCUUUAUGUUCCGAGUUCAAAUUUCACCAAGAUCGACUUUGCCGUGUGCCCACCCCACCGGUCAAGCACUGGCGGGGUGGGCAUCAGAGGAAGUGUCAAUCUAAUCGAUUUAGCCCUGCUGCAUUAAAAUUGCUUUAUUGCAUCGACCUUGGCAGGAUUUGAACUCAGAACGUAAAGAUAGAAAUACAACCAGGAAUCUUGUCUGGUGCAAUAACAAUUCUGCCCACUGGGAGCCUUCACCCAAAGUUUUUUUAAAAACCAUCAUCAUCAUCACUAUCAUUUGUAUCCUUUCUUUUCAUGUUGGAUUGGAUGGUUUUUUUGUUUUCUUUUUGGCGUUCUUUUCAUUUUUUUUUUUUUUACUGUUGUGUGUGUGUUUUUUAAAACCUUAUCUCUUGAAAAUUAAGAAAAAGAAAAGAAAAAAAAGCCAUUUUAAAAUGCUAUUAUUGAUGGAAAAGAAAAAGAAAAUUUUAUUUUUAAACCCAAGAACUUUAAAAUUGUAUUAAAAGACAAUCUUUCCUGAACAGUUGGGAAAAUAAAUUAUAUAUAUAUAUAUAUAUAUAUAUAUAUAUAUAUAUACACACUAUAU